GAAGUGGGUGGUGUAGUUUCGGGGAGCUUUCCGCGGCUGAGCCGACCCUGAUAACCAGCGGAGCAGUGCGGUUGGCUCGCCGGAGAGAGAGAGAGAGGGAGGGAGAGAGAGAGGGAGGGAGCUUUUUGUGGCUGCAGACGGGAGUUUCACCUCCAGUCUGUUCCCAGCAGGAGCUCCAGAGGACAAAGGGGGGAGUUUCUUCUUUUUCUUGUUUUCUUUUUAAACCCUCUCCGCUGAGGAAGAGGAGGGAGGGGGUGCAGGAUUUGUUGCAGGUUUCCACCGGGGGUUGAGCGGCUCGCGCGCCGGGAGGAAAUCAAACGCAGCCGUGGAUGCGAAUCAGCUGAGGUUGCAGGGCGCCAGGGGGACCGGAGCUCUGCAGCAUCCGUGACACCCGCUUCCCUCCCUGGAUGCUUCCCCGCGGCACACGCUGAGGAUAGGAGCAAUUUUUUAUUUUUUUUUUAUAUUUUUUUAUGGAAGAUCUGUUGGAUUCUCUCUGUUUUUUUGUUUUCUUCCCCGUCGCCCCGGCGCUGCAAACUUGAGGAGUCCGGCAUGGGGAAGGAGCAGGAGCUGCUGGAAGCCGCCCGCACCGGGAACGUGGCCCUGGUGGAGAAAUUGUUGAGUGGGAAAAAGGGAAUCCUGGGCUCGGGUUCCGGCUCCAUCCCUCUCCCCAACCUCCUAAGCAUGUGGAAGGGCGUAAACGUGAACUGCACAGACAGCUCAGGAUACACACCUUUACAUCACGCUUCGCUCAACGGACACAGGGACGUGGUGCUGAAGCUACUCCAGUACGAGGCGUCGGCAAACCUAGCCGACAGCAAGGGCUGCUUCCCGCUGCACCUUGCUGCAUGGCGCGGCGACGUGGACAUUGUCCGCAUCCUCAUUCACCACCGUCCUUCACACUGCCGUGUCAACCAGCAGAACCAUGAGAGGGAGACACCGCUCCACUGUGCAGCACAGUACGGACACACUGAGGUGGUCUCUGUGCUUCUGCAGGAGCUGACUGACCCGAUGAUGAGAAACAACCGUCAGGAGACCCCUCUGGACCUGGCUGCACUUUAUGGACGCCUGCAGGUGGUGCGCAUGUUGGUGAGCACUCACCCAAACCUCAUGACGAGCCACACCCGCCUCCACACUCCGCUUCACCUGGCCGCACGAAACGGGCACCACAGCACGGUCCAGACCCUGUUGGAGGCCGGUAUGGACGUCAACUGUGUG